CAUUACACUUUGUGUUGGGUCCUGUUUGGUUGUUCAGUCCUUCCUGUUUACAUCAGAGAUGUCGUGUCCUGUUUAUCACGGCGCACCGGAGUUGAACCCAGGCCUCCUCCCCAUAGACUGGCUACUGGGUGCCUGGGAGUCAGAUGAGCCUGGAGAAGGCAGCUUUCCUUCCAUAGAGCCUUUCCGCUACACAGAGACCCUGCACUUCAGCCAUGUGGGACAACCAAUAAUAAUCUUCAUGUUCAAUGCGUUCGAAGCAGAGUCUAAAAUGCCACUGCACCAGGAGUGUGGCUUCAUUCGAAUGCAGCCAGGAACCAACAGAGUGGCGUUCAUCAUCGCACAAAACUCAGGUCUAAUGGAGAUUGAGGAGGGGGAGCUGACUGGGAAGCAGCUGAGCCUGAAGACCGACUCUCUGGCCAGAAUCUCUUUUGCUAAGACGCCAAAAGUCAAGCAGAUUUCCAGAGAGUUUCAGCUCAGAUCAGAUGGAAGGCUGGAGCAGACUGUUUCCAUGGAAACAGACAACCAGCCUCUGAAGCAGCACUUGCACGUCAUCUACCGUCGGCCAUCUUGAAUCAUCACGCAGGCAGGCUUCUCCUGCAUAAUAAUAACUUUGUCUGGAAUGACAAAUGUUGCUGUAAAAAAAAAAAGGCUUGCUCAAUAAUCAGAUGUGUCGGAUAAAAAUGUAAACCUCUAUAUUAUCCAGUAAUGGUUUAGGCAUGGCUUUGGGACAGAUGUAAGUUGUAUUUAAUGGCCUCGUUUGGGAAACUAUACUUUUUGUUUGGAGUUAUGUUGCUAUUAACUGUCAGAUAUUUGAUCUUUGAGUUCGAAAGCUUAUGAAGGAUGAUAUUGAGGAGGGUAUAAUUUGUUCAUAUCAUUGCACUAUUAUAAGUUUGACAGCUAAAAUAACUGCUGUGCUUCUUGAGUCACUGUUAUGUUUGGUUAGGGUUAGUUUUACUUUCUAUGUACUUCUUCCUCUGUCCUUGUGGAUUUUAUAAUGUCAUUUUCAAUAAAGUCUUUGUCUAAAACUGAAA